AUGGCAUUUGUUCCCUCAGCAACCUCUUUCUCAUUACCACUUCCAUUAUGGCAGCAAAAUCCCAGCCUUCGGGCCGCCCGGUAUGAGAGGAAGCGCAAGAACGAAUACGACACAGAGGAAGACAAUACUGGUCCCAAUGGUGGCGAGGAUGGUGAAACAACCGAUGGUCUAUCAGAAUUCGGGCUCACUAGCUCAUCCGUGCUUCUAUCACCUGAGGAAGCGCAUCAGUACCGCAUCGCAGGCCUUCCAUUCAAUGAGGAGCUACCAGAUACUAAGUAUUUUCCGCACGCUCCGGCCACGGAAAGGAGCCCUCUCUCGCCGCCGAUAUAUGUGCCCCAGUCUGCAGCUCACCAGGGAAACCUUCGGCUCCGUCAUCUCGCGGUGCUCACGUCUGUGCUACAUCGAUGCCUUCUCGAGGGCGACUAUAUCCGCGCAGGGAGGGCAUGGGGUUUGAUUAUCCGGGAGCAAUUCGGUGGCAACUCCAUUGAUGUCCGUACUGAUGAUCGAUGGGGGAUUGGAGCAGAAAUUCUACUACGGAAAGACCACCAAUUGUCUGAGGAGCUCCCUGAAGGUGAAAAGGCCGACAGCGGCCGAAAUGGGGACGUCCCAAGGCCUCUGUUUACCAGGAAAGGGUUCGAAGAUGCCAAACAAUAUUAUGAAACGCUUAUUAUUCAGCAUCCAUACCAGAAGACUGCGCCUAAUGCCAUCAGCGCAUUACACUUCUAUCCGGCUAUGUUUGGACUAUGGAUAUACGUCACUCAGGAAGAAAGCACGUGUGCACGAAGGGCCCUUGAGGAAAGGGACCCAGCCUCACUGAGAGAGCCCUGGGACGACGAAGAGGCCGGAUCUGAGAACGACGGUCAGGAUGACUGGUGGAAUAGAUAUCAAAAUCUGGCUGCUGGUAUCAGGGCAAAAGAACUGGCCGAAGCCGAGAGGAUUGCUGCGAGAAUGGAUGGUAUUCUUACCUCGCCGCCAUAUUCAGACAGUCCCGAAUUGCUCGAACUGCGGGGUAUGGUCUCUCGAUGGAUUGCUGAUCUGCUCGUCUCCAGCUUGCCUUCUGCAAAGAGUGACGAUGAUGAGUAUGACAGUGACCACAACGUGAGUGUCGCUGAUGGCGACGAUGACGUUUUCAUGGGCACAACGCAGGCCGAUGGGGUUGAGGCGAGACGGGAGCGACGGAUAGCCAUGGAAAAGAGGCAGGCGGAAUUGACUCGGUCCCAGGAGUUCAUGGAAAAGGCUCAAAAGAGGAAGCGCGGAGUCUCUUCUAGGCUGAACGAUCUGCAUAUCGACCGCGACGCGUUCGCUGCCCUACGUUGUGGUAGGGACUAUGUGCACUCCAAGGAGAACCGCCAGCACCAGCCUCGCGCAAUUGAGCCAGGAAAUCAGACAAGGCGGGCUCUAGCUGAACAAGCCGGCCUUGAGGCCCCUUCAACCACUUUAGUUGCGCCUGUGCCUAUUCCAGGAAACCGGCAAGCGCCAAUAGAACGAUAUGACACGCCGUUCGGUGACCAGGCAUUCAUAGAGAAGCCCGUUCAUAGAGAUGCCUUUGACACCGACGUGGAGGGUAUUGAUGAGUCAACUAUUGCUGCAACAAGCGUGAUAGGGAAUGAUGAUGUCACAUACAGAUUAUCGCCUGCCGCCCGGCUGGAUGCAAAUGCAAAUGCAGAUAUGAACAUGUUUGGGACGGUCCGGCAUAUGGAUCCCCGACAACACCCACAACAAGAACAACAACCACAUCCACAGCCAUCACCGUCACCAACCCGUCAGCUCCGCACCGGUCGCCGUGCCAAUGAGUCUAAGUGGUACGAGGGCCUAGGUGAUAGAGCGCUAAGGUCAGCGGGCUUGGACUUGGACGAUUUAGAAGCAGCAAGCCAAACUACUUCUACAGCUGGCGAUGACGAGAAGUCAAACGACACAGACGACCAGCGCUUUGUACCUAGGUACCGCGCAACAGAAGAGCCACUCAGCAGAAGACUUCAGAACUUUUGGACGGCUAGUCGCAGGACGACAUAUCAAAACGACACCAUCGGACAAGAAGAGCCAACGAAAACCCAGUCCUUUAUUCCAGUGGCUUCUACGGCGAGAACACUACCUGCGGAUAGCAGGAAAGUCACACUCACACGCAGUAUGACCACAACUCCCAGGACCAGGUUUAGUCCACCAAAGCCGUCCCUUUUGGACCAGCUAGACUUAACCCCUACGCGGCGUACCCCUGGUAUCACUCGGACACAUUCUCGAAAGGACAGAGAAAGAAAUACAGAGAAAGAAGGCAGCAGAACAGCUGACGACACUAUCCGUGCCGCAGACACAGGCCUCAGUCUUUUUGCAGACACCAACAAUCACCGCGCAGGGACAGAUGAGAGUCCCCGAUCCCUCAACGCCUUCGAACUGACCAACUUCGACGACCUUGAAAACGACUCCUCCAUGAACGACCCCUUCUCGCGCCGCGCCUCAAUAAGAUGGGUCGGACCAGCUGAAGCAGAUUCUCCGCCAACACAUACACACACCGACACAAACAUGAACAUGGUCACCAAGACCCCUCUUGGGAAACGCAAUCUUGAACCUGACUAUCCCCCGGAAGUUCUCUGCACUAAAACCUUCAGCGAACUUCAAGCCGAACCUUUUGACCGCACGCCCAACCCCAAAGCAUCCCGGCCUGCCGCAGAGACCCAGACACAACCCCCAGAGAUGGGCAAAGACGAAGACAAGAUAGCAUUUCUUCUCCGCCUUACGGAACAGGAGCGCGGGGAAUACUUCAGCAAACUCUCGAUGGACGAUUGGGAAGGCUGCGGUGACUUACUUAUUGAGGAGUUCAGUAAGCUGAUGACAAAGAUGAAGGAAUUGCGGCAUGCACGGCGGAAGACGGCUGCAAUUUUUGAGGCAGAGGUGAAGAGACGGCAUACCAUGGUCGAGGAGCAGUCGGCGGAGAUCUCGGCGAAGUUUGAGGAAAUGAGGGCGGGUGGUGCUGAGGUUCUUCGUGGGCGUUCGCCCUGA